AUGCCUUCUGUUGAUCCCAAGGAGCAACUUCAUGCCAAAUUACAAGGCAUAGAAGCUUACAAUCCCGAUCACCUCCCAGAACUUGAAAAGCACUUAUCAUGGCAAGUUACAGAAAACGACUACGAUUUUGAAGCGAAUCUCAUAAUGCUUCGAAUGUAUCAAUUCUGUCCUGACUUGUUUAAUGUUGAUGCUGCCCGAUUAAUCCUUCUUAAGGGCAUUGCAAAGCUUCCUUUUGCAGAUUUCUUACAAUACAAGUAUCUCAUUCAAACAGACAGGCUUGCCGAAGAACCACUUUCUACCAUUGUACACCUUGAAACUCUCCUUGAGACUUGUAAGUUCCAAGAGUUCUGGAGUGCUUACAAGGAGAACAAAUCAGUGGUUGGUAAUAUUCCCGACUGGGAUAUUUCUGUCAGAAGCUAUAUCUGUUAUGUAAUAGAUACCACUUACCAGAAAAUUUCCAAGAGUCUUCUGAUGUCCUUAUUAGAUAUGAAGGCUGAGGAAUUGCCGAAAGUUAUCGCAACCCGUCGGUGGAAGUUGCUACCCAAAGAGGAAGGUGACAUGGAAGAGUGGAUCUUCAUUACUAAUCAUGAAGCCUCUGUGAAAUCGACAAACAUCAAAGAGAAGGUUACAUUCGAAGCUAUGGCCCGAUCUGCUCAGGCCUUCAAGCCUUCUGUUGGCCACUUUUUCAUCCAAGUCCCCGAAAAACUCCGGUCGAAGAAAAUGUAA